UUCCAGGGUUUAUGUGCAGCUGUAUUCCCCUAAGCGUCCAGCAGUUGAUGUCGCAGAAGUUUUUUUGUGGCUCAUGGCUGUUGGUACUAUUUUAUGUGCGUCUUAUUGGUCCGCGUGGAAUGCAAGGGAAGCAGCUAUUGAGCAUGACAAGAUUUUAAAGGAUGCAUCAAAUGAGGUGGCAGCUUCUGUAGAAACUGGCUCAGCUGGUUUUGUAGAUAUCAGUACCACAUCAGCACUUCUUUUUGUUGUGAUUGCUUCAGGCUUUCUGGUUAUGCUGUACAAACUUAUGUCAGUUUGGUUUAUCGAUAUUCUGGUGGUUCUGUUCUGCAUUGGUGGGGCGGAGGGUUUGCAAACGUGCUUGGUAGCGUUCUUAUCAAGUUUCAGGUGGUGUAAACAUGCUGCUGGAACUUUUGUUAAAGUGCCCAUCUUUGGAGCAGUCUCAUAUCUGGAAAUGGUUGUUACUCCAUUCUGCAUACUUUGUUAUGUCCUUAAUUUUACCUUUUUUUUCCUUCUUGAAUUUUACGCUUUAAUUUUCUGUUUCGGCAUUUUCGCUGCGUCUGCUAGAUGCAUUUUGUUCUAAUGGUCUUGAAAUAGG